AAGGCGGGUCACCUGUGGAAGAGGGAAGACAGGACAGGCGAUUGGGUAGAGCCAGGCUCUGGAAGCCGGCGGAGCAGCAACUGCAGAAGCAGGCAGCAGCAGAGAGGGAAUGGUGCCUGGAGGCACCGAGAAGGAGGUGCAGUCCGUCCCUCAGGGUUAGUGAAUGAAGCUCUCCGCCCGGGCCAGCCCGGGGACUGUGCGGUGCGGGUCCCAGCAUGAAUGCGGGCCCCGGCUGUGAGCCCUUCACCAAGCGACCCCGCUGGGGUGCCUCUGCAACUUCUCCGCAGGCCGCCUCGGACGCCCGGAGCUUACCCCGCAGGCAGAGGCGCACCCUCGACCCUAAGGACACUCCUCUGCAGUUCAGGGUCCCACACUCCUCGUCUGGCUGCGUCUCGGGGUGGGCGGGACCGCACAGAGGCCGCUCCACCUCGCUUGUGUUCAAACAGAAGACUAUUUACAGUUGGAUGGACAAUAAAGGAAUCAAGACAGCUGAAUCAGAAAGUCUGCAUAGUAAAGAAAACAACAAUACAAGAGUAGAAUCCAUGAUGAAUUUUGUACAAAAAGAUAACUGUUAUCAAUAUAACAUGGAAAAAUUAGAAAAUGUUUCCCAGCUAAGUAUUGAUAAAUCACCAGUUGAAAAAAGUGCACAAUAUUUGAACCAGCAUCAAACAGCAGCUAUGUGUAAGUGGCAAAAUGAAGGAAAACAUACAGAGCGGUGUUUGGAAGGUGAACCUCCAACAGUAACUCUGGUAUCUGAACAGUUCAGUAAUGCUAACAUUGACCAGUCACCUCAAAAUGAUGAUCAGAAUGACACAUAUAGUGAGGAAAGUAGAGAUAACCAAUUUUUUACACCUGUAAAGGUUGCAAAUGCAAACCAGACUGCAGAAGAUGAACAGGCCAGAGAAAACAGAAGUCUCCAGAAGUGUAGAAAGUCUUGCCAUCUUGUGAAAGACUGUGUAGGUUGUCAGCAGGAAGAGAUCGAUGUGGUGCCAGAGAGUCCCUUGUCAGACAUUGGCUCAGAGGAUGUCAGUACUGGACUAAAAAAUGCCAACAAAUUGAGUAGACAAGAAAGUAGCCUAGGAAAUUCUCCAUUUGAGAAGGAAAGUGAACUCGAGUCACCAAUGGAUGUGGAUAAUUCCAAAAACAGUUGUCAGGACUCAGAAGCAGAUGAAGAAGCAAGUCCAGGAUUUGAUGAACAAGAAGAUGGCAGUUCUUCACAGACAGCAAAUAAACCUUCAAGGUUCCAAGCAAAAGAAGCUGACACUGAACUGAGGAAAGGGUCCUCUGUCAAGGGAGGUGAAAUUCGAUUACAUUUCCAUUUUGAAGGGGAUAGUAGUGCUGGAAUGAAUGAUUUAAAUACCAAACUACCUGAAAGUACUUCUGCCUUGAAUGUGGAAUGCAGAAAUUCCAAGCAACAUGGGAAAAAGGGUUCUAAAAUCACGGAUCAUUUCAUGAGAAUGCCCAAAGCUGAGGACAAAAGAAAAGAACAAUGUGAAAUCAGACAUCAACGGACAGACAGAAGGAUCCCAAAAUACAUUCCACCUCACCUUUCUCCAGAUAAGAAAUGGCUUGGAACUCCUAUCCAGGAGAUGAGAACAAUGCCUACCUGUGGAAUCCAGCUGCCACUCUUGAGACCAUCUGCCAAUCACACAGUAACUAUUCGGGUAGAUCUUUUGCGAGCAGGAGAAGUUCCUAAACCUUUUCCAACACAUUUUAAAGAUUUGUGGGACAACAAGCAUGUAAAGAUGCCUUGUUCACAACAAAACUUGUACCCUGUGGAAGAUGAGAAUGGUGAACGAACUGCAGGAAGCAGGUGGGAGCUCAUUCAGACUGCACUUCUCAACAAAUUCACACGACCCCAAAAUCUGAAGGAUGCUAUUCUGAAAUACAAUGUGGCAUAUUCUAAGAAGUGGGAUUUUACAGCUUUGGUUGAUUUCUGGGAUAAGGUACUCGAAGAAGCAGAAGCCCAACAUUUAUAUCAGUCCAUUUUGCCUGAUAUGGUGAAAAUUGCACUCUGUCUGCCAAAUAUUUGCACCCAGCCAAUACCACUCCUGAAGCAGAAAAUGAAUCAUUCCAUCACAAUGUCACAGGAGCAGAUUGCCAGUCUUUUAGCUAAUGCCUUCUUCUGCACAUUUCCACGUCGAAAUGCUAAGAUGAAAUCUGAAUAUUCUAGUUACCCAGACAUUAACUUCAAUCGGUUGUUUGAAGGACGUUCCUCAAGAAAACCAGAGAAGCUUAAAACGCUCUUCUGCUACUUUAGAAGAGUCACAGAGAAAAAACCUACGGGGUUGGUGACAUUUACAAGACAGAGUCUUGAAGAUUUUCCAGAAUGGGAAAGGUGUGAAAAAUUCCUGACUCGAUUGCAUGUCACUUAUGAAGGUACCAUAGAAGGAAAUGGUCAAGGCAUGCUACAGGUGGAUUUUGCAAACCGUUUUGUUGGAGGUGGUGUAACCAGUGCAGGACUUGUACAAGAAGAAAUUCGCUUUUUAAUCAACCCUGAGUUGAUUGUUUCACGGCUCUUUACUGAGGUGCUGGAUCACAAUGAAUGUCUUAUCAUCACAGGUACUGAACAGUACAGUGAAUACACAGGCUAUGCUGAAACAUACCGUUGGGCCCGAAGCCAUGAAGAUGGGAGUAAAAGGGACAGCUGGCAGCGGCGCAGCACUGAAAUUGUUGCCAUUGAUGCCCUUCACUUCAGACGCUACCUCGACCAGUUUGUGCCUGAAAAAAUCAGACGUGAGCUUAAUAAGGCCUACUGUGGAUUUCUCCGUCCUGGAGUUCCUUCAGAGAAUCUUUCUGCAGUAGCCACAGGAAACUGGGGCUGUGGUGCCUUUGGAGGUGAUGCUAGAUUAAAAGCCUUAAUACAGAUACUGGCAGCUGCUGUAGCUGAGCGAGAUGUGGUUUAUUUCACCUUUGGGGACUCAGAGUUGAUGAAAGACAUUUACAGCAUGCAUACUUUUCUUACUGAAAGGAAGCUGACUGUUGGAGAAGUAUAUAAGCUCUUGCUACGAUAUUACAACGAAGAAUGUAGAAACUGUUCCACCCCUGGACCAGAUAUGAAGCUUUACCCAUUCAUAUAUCAUGCUGUUGAGUCCUGUGCAGAGACUACCAACCAGCCAGGACAAAGGACCGGGGCCUGAGGAGCAGAGAGAGAGGAAGGUGGGAAGAACAUAAUUACUUUGUUCUUAAAGGUCUUCUGGGAAAAGAGAAGAAAAUCAGACAUCUAAUUAACAUUUAUCUAUUCUAAGAUAUUUAACAGCACUUUUUAUUCUCUUUCAUUUGGGGUUUAUUGGUUUAUUUCACGUUGUUUGCCCUCCCUUCUUUAAUCUGUUAAGGUAUGAAAGGAUAUUUUUAGUUUAGAAUUCUUAAGUUUUACUACAGCUUCUUGGUUUUUACUUUCUAUCUAGCUUACUCAAAUGUACAAUAACAGUUUAAGGAAACAAUGUGGAAUAGUGGAAAGGACAUGAGAUUUUAAAUCAGACAAGCUAGGUUAAAAUGCUAGCCACCUCCCUAGCUAAUAUUUUAACUUUUUCUAAAUAAACUGAAUUCUUGAGCCACUUAACUCAUCCAAGAAAAAUGGGCUUUUAGUACCUAUUGGGAAAUGCUAUAUAUAUGUAAAGUAACAGUCAUAGGGGUCUGGUACAUGAUUGGUGCUCAGUAAAUAUCAACUCUUAUAGUUGAUCAGGAAACAUAUAUGGAACACCUACUGUAUAUUAGGUAUUGUGCUAAGUUGCUUUUUACAUAUUUUAGCUCAUUUUUCCAGUAAGUUAACAGAUGCCCAGAGUUUAGGGAAUACCAUCACACCUUUCAGGAGUUCAUUAUGAAGAGUCUUGCUCUGUCAUGCCUGUAAGGGAUCUAUUAGAGCAAAGGCUCUGAUACUCUGUUAUCUACAAAGUUCCUAGUAAAACUUAUUCUUUAUCAUGAAUGACUAGUUAUCAGUGAGGUACACUAAAUUAUCUCUGAGAGAAUUAUCUUUUUUCUUUAAGAUUUUAUUUAUUAUUUUUAGGGAGAAGGAAGGGAUGGAGAAAGAGGGAGAGAAACAUCAAUGUGUGAGAGAAACAUUGAUCAGUUGCCUCUUGCACACACCCCAGCCAGGGACCUGGCCUACAACCUAGACAUGUGCCCUGACUGGAAAUCAAACCAGUGACCUUUGCCUUUGUGGGAUGAUGCUUAACCAACUGAGCAGUGCAGAUCAGGGCUAUCUGUUUUCUUGCUGGUUAAGUGAAAUUAAGAGCAGGCAGACCCAAAUCAGUAUUUAAGAGAGAGGUAGAUAAGGAGAUCAAACCAGGCUCCAUGAUUGCUAUACACAUACUUAACCAAUAUAUAUUGCUGUAGAAACCAAAUAUUGAUGAAACGCCACCCCCUCCAAGAAUAUGAUAGAGCAAAGAAUUCAUUGAGUUGAAGAGAAGUGGUUGUAUAAGAUGCUCACUAGUUUUUUUCUGUCUUCUGUGUAGCUGCACAUUCAUGGCUUUUUUUUUUUCCUGGUGUAAGGAAGACCUGAAAACUGAUGUGUGCUUUAAAAAUAAAGAUUUAGCAGUCCUGUACUUUCUCUCAACUCUGUGGAUUGGCCCCAAUCCUUUGCCUUGUAGGGAAGGAAAAGACAGCCAUUGCUAGAACACGAGCUCAGAAUAUUUAAUCCUGUCUUUUGGGGGCUGGGAUAGAUAUGUAUUAGAACAAAGUGGUACGUAUUAGAACACAUUGCUACAAUCCAUUGACCCACUGCUCUUUUCUGUGCUAAUACAGGAGUGCCCUUAGUGUCCCUUCACCAGAUCCCACACAGAUCUACAGAGCCUUUUGAGUGGAAGAUUUCCCAAACAAGACAACAAUCACUGCAUGUGUUCAUCUAAUAAUGGUUUUAUCUUUUCUUGUUUAUUUUAAAUGUAAGGUUAACAUGUCAUGAUGGCCUUCAACUUGGGGAUAAGGAGAGUUCUGUGCUAGUAUUUUUGUGAUUUUCCUAGGAAGAAAACAAAUUCUGUUCCCCUUGUGACCACCUCUUUUUUCUCAAAUGCCACUUUUGAGAUUUCAUGUGCAUGCUCUCAUUUAAAAAAUUUAGAGUGUGUCUUAGGCAUUUGGUGAAAGUUUUUACACAUAGAUUUGUUAUUCCACAUCAGGUAUUAAGGAAGUAGAGAGGGUAAUUGGCAUGAGGAACAUUCCAAAGGUCAAGAGAAUUCUGAUUGAAUUAGUUUUCCUUCCUUACCUAGGGUCCUGAGGUCAUGUUUCCUAAUUUUCAUCUUCUGUCAGGAGAGCUUAAAUCAGGGUCAGAGAAGAUGUCUUAAAGGUUCUGAGGACACUGUCCUUCCAUCCACUGACAUGUUUAUAGAUGCUUAUGAGUGCCUUCUCUGGGCAAUCACUGAAUUCCUUGCUCAGGGGUACAAAGACAAAUGACUUGUCUUCUGCAUUCAGACCUAAACUGAGAUCUAAACUGAGAGAGAGGAUAAGUGAUCUAAACUCUUACAAGUAGUUUUUGGAGGGUUUUUUGGUGUUUUUUUUUUUACUAUACUGUUCCAAUCCAAUCAAAAAAAAAUUCAUUUACACUAUCAAUUUAGCAACCUGAAUAGACCCCUGUGUCUUGUCAGUUCACCAUAGAGUUGAACUCUUACACAUCUACCUCUUUUGGAGAGUGUGUAAACAAAUGGCCUAACUUAUAGUGUUAAAAAGGGCUACCUGAAUGCCCUUGCCUUAAUAUAGGAGCUGGCAUUCAGCACCUGCCGUUUUGAGCUCUGGCCAUCUUGAUUCUUAAAAAGUAGCACUGGAGGCUAAAAAGUAGAUUUAUUAAUGGAAAAUGAUACUUUUACCCAUAGGUGCAUCCAUACAGGGUAGGUAAAAGGUCAAGUUUCUUCUAUUUUUGCUGAAAUUAUAUUGUGUCAGUCUGAAUAUUACACAUUUGACCAACAAAAAGUGAAGACAGUUUAACAAAUAAAUUUUACUUGAUAUCAGAGUAUUUCAAAAUACGGGGGCCUUGAGGAUUGAAUAGUAAAAGGCGUCUUUGGUUGUGAGAAGCUGAAGACCAUCAUGUCAGAAUGUUGCAUUUUCUGUUAAGGUUUGUUAACAGUAACCUAUAAAUUUAGACAUAAAAAUUCAGCAUUUGGGAAAAAAUAUAGUCAUGGUAGAAUUGGUAAUAGCCGAAAACAU